AUGUUCGACAUUGCCUUCGCACUUAGUGAAAAGGGAGCUGAUCUUCACGCGGUUGCGGCUUCUCUCCUCCCCACGCAGUAUGACACGCAGAUCAACAACUCAACAGAACCUCCCAGCUGGACUCCUUUGCACUGGGCAGUCUGGUCGAACAACUUGGCUGCCGUCGAGACGCUGCUCACGCUCGGUGCGAACCCCAUCUUCAGCAAGGACUCCAAGGCUGGCGAGGCAAGAUGUCCAUCACCCCUGGAUCUGGCGUGUCGACUUUGUCACUCAGCAAUAAUCGACCGACUUGUGAUGGAGCCUUCGGUGGUCGAGGAACUUCGCACAGCAAGGUCUAUGAUUAUCGACCAUCCUUUGAAGUCGCGACCCCUUCUGUAUCCGCUACAGGGCGCCUCUCGCUGGACCAGACUUCUCUCUAGCGGCGUCAGCUUUGUGCAGGAGAUUCAUAGGACGAUCUCCACCUUAGUCUCUCAUGGAGCACCCACGGAUGCCGUGCUGGAGCUUGGCGAGUUCAAGGUCCCCGCUGUAUUCGCUGUUGCCGAGCAUCAGUGUUUCGCAGAGGUCAUGGUCGCCGGACUGGAAAACGGCUUUGCGAGGGAGAUUGACGUCUUCCCGCAGAAGGACAAGCGGCAUAACGCUCUGCUGAUGGCGAUAAACCACCGAGAUCCCGCCAUGGUCCGCGCUCUGCUUACAGCUGGCGCCAGUACAACGGUCGAGGAUGCACAUGGGCUGGGGCCUCUGGAGCGUGCUGCGAAGGAAUCUGACAAUGUCUUCUUUGUGCGCAGCAUUCUAGAGACUGGCAUCUCCGCAGACCCGCCUGACGUAUCUAGAAUCAGUGCUUUUGAAAUGGCCGUGUAUACCGGAAACUUCAAUGUGGCACGAUUUCUAUUCGAGGCUGGAGCCGCGAGAGACCGGGUCAACACGUCCGGACGUACCUUGCUUGGAGAAAUGAUCCUCAUGCACACCCGCAAUGCGCUGGAGAGAAUCAAGUUCCUCCUCAGCCUGCCUGAUCGGGAAGGUCAGGAUGGGUUCAUCGUUCAGCAUAGCACCAGUCGUCCCAUUUCCGCGUUGCGCUUUGCUGUGCUCCAAUGCAAGGAAGCCGACCCGACGUCACAGUAUGCUGAUAUCACUGACGUGAUGGUUGCGCAUCUCCUAGAGAAGUAUGAUUCGAAGAAUUACUUUGACAGUACCGACGGCGAAGGCCACAUGUCAGCCCUGACGGCAGCCGUGGGAUUGGGAAACCACCGCGUCGUCAAGCGGCUCCUAGAAAAGGGGGCCGAUCCGAAAAUUGUGGAUGACAAGGGGCGUACCGCCAUGUCACUCGUACAACACAGAUACACGUAUCCCGAGUCCGUGGGCCUCUUGACUGAACGCAAAGUGGCAGAUUUAGACAGCGGCACUGCGGAGAGACUUUGCACGAGGGUAAAUCAGAACACAUCCGAACUUGUGGGUGUCCUUGUUUCGUAUGGUGCCUUUGGGGAUGAAAUGUCGACACCAGAGUGGUAUCAGGGCGAGAAGGGCUACAAGUUCAACGGCGAGUACACAACUUAG